CAAUCGCACCGCUUCAUUCAGCUGUAUAAAUAAGGGAGGCCCUUAUUCUUUGCUUACAGGAAACGCCAUAAAAAAGAACAUCUGAAAAAAUUUCGAUUUUUCUUUUUUGUCUGUAAUUGAAAAAAUGGCAGCGGCAGCAGCUGAGGAAGGACAAGUGAUUAGCGUCCACUCCGUUGAUGACUGGAAAGUGCAGCUCCAGAAGGGCCUCGAUUUUAAGAAAUUGGUGGUGGUUGAUUUCACAGCUUCAUGGUGUGGGCCAUGCCGUUUCAUUGCUCCCAUUUUGGCCGAAAUUGCCAAGAAAACGCCCCAUGUUAUUUUCCUGAAGGUUGACGUGGAUGAACUCAAGGCUGUGGCUGAGGACCAUGAAGUUGAGGCUAUGCCAACCUUUUUGUUCUUCAAAGAAGGGAAGGUGAUUGACAAGAUUGUUGGUGCAAAGAAGGAGGACUUGCAGCAAAAAGUUGCUCUACACGGUGCCCUUACUACUACUGCCUGAAUUUGCUGAUCUCUAGUUGUUCUUUCUAUUCGCGCAUGUAAUAAUUUAUGAAGGGAUUUGUCCUAGCUUCCUUUGUUCUGGAUAUUUUAUAUUCUAUGCUACGAAGAUUUCUAUAAGUAUUUCUCACUCGUGGAGUUUCUUUUAUGUUCAAAUGUGAUUUGUUUUCCCUGCAAGCAGUCUUUUUUUUUUUUGAAAGAAUGAACAAGAACAACGGAAA